GCUGCAUGGCGCUGAGAUGGCGGGGGCGCCGCGCGGCCAAGGCGGCGGCGGAGGCGCGGGCGAGCCCGGGGGCGCAGAGCGGGCGGCCGGGCCGGGCAGCCGGCGUGGGUUCCGGGCGUGUGGAGAGGAGUUCGCGUGCCCCGAGCUGGAGGCGCUGUUCCGCGGCUACACGUUGCGGUUGGAGCAGGCGGCCACGCUGAAAGCACUGGCGGUGCUCAGCCUGCUGGCGGGUGCCCUGGCGCUGGCUGAGCUGCUGGGCGCACCGGGGCCAGCGCCCGGCCUCGCCAAGGGAUCUCACCCAGUGCACUGCAUUCUUUUCCUGGCGCUGUUCGUGGUCACCAAUGUCCGAUCCCUGCAGGUGUCCCAGCUGCAGCAGGUCGGUCAGCUGGCGCUGUUCUUCAGCCUCACCUUCGCGCUACUCUGCUGCCCCUUCGCGCUGGGCGGCCCCGCGAGGAGCUCUGCGGGAGGCGCAAUGGGCUCAGCAGUCGCGGAGCAGGGGGUUUGGCAACUCCUUUUGGUCACCUUCGUGUCCUAUGCCUUGCUGCCGGUGCGCAGCCUCCUGGCCAUCGGCUUCGGGCUGGUGGUGGCUGCCUCACACUUACUGGUCACAGCCGCCUUGGUCCCUGCCAAGCGCCCACGUCUCUGGAGGACGCUUGGUGCCAAUGCCCUCCUCUUCUUUGGUGUGAACAUGUAUGGCGUCUUCGUGCGGAUCUUGACGGAGCGCUCCCAGAGGAAGGCCUUCCUGCAGGCUCGAAACUGCAUUGAGGACCGGCUGCGGCUGGAGGAUGAGAAUGAGAAGCAGGAGCGGUUGCUCAUGAGCCUCUUGCCCCGGAAUGUCGCCAUGGAGAUGAAGGAAGACUUCCUGAAGCCCCCUGAGAGGAUUUUUCACAAGAUUUACAUCCAAAGGCAUGACAAUGUGAGCAUCCUGUUUGCAGACAUCGUGGGUUUCACAGGUCUGGCGUCCCAGUGCACAGCCCAGGAGCUGGUGAAACUGCUCAAUGAACUCUUUGGCAAGUUCGAUGAGUUAGCCACGGAAAACCACUGUCGCCGAAUCAAGAUCCUUGGAGACUGCUACUACUGUGUGUCUGGCCUCACCCAACCCAAGACUGACCACGCCCACUGCUGUGUGGAGAUGGGACUUGACAUGAUCGAUACCAUCACAUCUGUGGCUGAGGCUACUGAAGUAGACCUGAACAUGCGUGUGGGCCUACACACUGGCAGGGUCCUCUGUGGUGUCCUGGGCCUACGCAAGUGGCAGUAUGACGUGUGGUCCAAUGACGUGACCCUGGCUAAUGUCAUGGAGGCUGCUGGCUUACCAGGGAAGGUCCACAUCACAAAGACGACCCUCGCGUGCUUGAACGGGGACUACGAGGUGGAGCCAGGUCAUGGCCAUGAGAGGAACACCUUUCUGAGAACCCACAACAUUGAGACCUUCUUCAUUGUGCCAUCCCAUCGGAGGAAGAUAUUUCCAGGCUUGAUUCUCUCCGAUAUCAAACCAGCCAAGAGAAUGAAGUUCAAGACUGUGUGCUACCUGCUGGUGCAGCUCAUGCACUGCCGGAAAAUGUUCAAGGCUGAGAUCCCCUUCUCCAACGUGAUGACCUGCGAGGAUGACGACAAGCGGAGGGCGUUGAGAACAGCCUCGGAGAAGCUCAGAAACCGAUCGUCAUUCUCGACCAAUGUUGUCUACACCACUCCGGGUACGCGUGUCAACAGGUAUAUCAGCCGUCUUCUUGAAGCCCGCCAGACAGAGCUGGAGAUGGCCGAUCUGAACUUCUUUACCCUGAAGUACAAGCAUGUCGAGCGAGAACAAAAAUACCACCAGCUUCAGGAUGAGUACUUCACCAGCGCCGUUGUCCUCGCCCUCAUCCUGGCUGCCUUAUUUGGGCUCAUCUACCUUCUGGUAAUCCCACAGAGCGUGGCUGUCCUGCUGCUGCUGGUAUUUUCUAUCUGCUUCUUGGUGGCCUGUACCCUGUACCUGCACAUCACGCGGGUCCAGUGUUUUCCAGGGUGCCUGACGAUCCAGAUCCGCACCGCUUUGUGUGUAUUCAUAGUGGUCUUAAUCUACUCAGUAGCUCAAGGAUGCGUGGUGGGCUGCCUGCCCUGGGCCUGGGGAUCUCAGUCCAACAGUUCCCUAGUGGUCCUUGCAGCUGGUGGUCGGCGCACUGUGCUGCCUGCCCUGCCCUGUGAGUCUGCACACCAUGCCCUGCUCUGCUGCCUGGUGGGCACCCUCCCACUAGCCAUAUUCCUGCGGGUGUCCUCCUUGCCAAAGAUGAUCCUGCUGUCUGGGCUGACUACUUCCUACAUCCUUGUCCUGGAGCUCAGUGGAUACACCAAGGUUGGGGGUGGUGCUCUCUCUGGGCGCAGCUAUGAACCAAUCAUGGCUAUCCUGCUGUUCUCAUGCACGCUGGCCCUGCAUGCCAGGCAAGUGGACGUCAGACUACGGCUGGACUACCUCUGGGCAGCACAGGCGGAGGAGGAGCGGGAUGACAUGGAGAGAGUGAAGCUGGACAACAAGAGGAUCCUCUUCAACCUCCUGCCAGCUCACGUCGCACAGCACUUCCUCAUGUCCAAUCCCCGGAACAUGGACCUCUAUUACCAGUCCUACUCCCAAGUGGGAGUCAUGUUUGCCUCCAUCCCCAACUUCAACGACUUCUACAUAGAACUGGAUGGCAACAACAUGGGCGUUGAGUGUCUGCGGCUCCUCAAUGAGAUCAUUGCUGACUUUGAUGAGCUCAUGGACAAGGACUUCUACAAGGACCUGGAGAAGAUCAAGACCAUUGGGAGUACCUACAUGGCUGCCGUGGGGCUGGCGCCCACAGCAGGAACCAGGGCCAAGAAGUCCAUCUCUUCCCACCUGAGCACGCUGGCAGACUUUGCCAUCGACAUGUUUGACGUUCUGGAUGAAAUCAACUAUCAGUCCUACAACGACUUUGUUCUCCGAGUUGGCAUCAACGUUGGCCCAGUGGUUGCUGGAGUGAUCGGUGCUCGAAGGCCCCAGUACGACAUCUGGGGAAACACAGUCAAUGUGGCCAGUCGGAUGGAUAGCACUGGGGUCCAGGGAAGAAUUCAGGUGACUGAGGAAGUCCACCGGCUGCUGAAGAGGUGCUCAUACCAGUUUGUGUGCAGAGGCAAAGUCAGCGUCAAGGGCAAGGGAGAGAUGCUAACAUAUUUUCUCGAAGGCAGGACUGAUGGAAACAGCGCCCACGGCAGGACCUUUCGCUUGGAGCGAAGGAUGUGUCCUUAUGGGAGAGGUGGAGGCCAGGCCAGACGGCCCCCACUGUGUCCUGCAGCCGGACCCCCAAUCAGACCAGGGCUCCCUCCAGCCCCCACUAGCCAGUACCUGUCAUCCACAGCAGCAGGGAAGGAAGCCUAGUGGAGCCCAUGGGCCACUGGAGAUGCAUGCAAGGCAAGAAUGCUCCAGGGUGACACAAGCCACCAUGGCUCUAGCCAGGACCAGCCAGAGGAGCAGUUGCCAAGUGGCUGGGCUGGAGAAGAAGCAUUGCCUAAGUGUGGCCUGAGGCCAAUGGGAGAUGUGUCCAAGCCACCCCUUGGGGCGUACUGAGCUCUGUCUUUUCCUAAUGACCUGGUUAUGCCUGGCUAGUGUUGGCAUUGGUGGUGGGACCUUGGGAAUAUCUUCCAUGGUCAUAGCAAAAGCUAUGGAGGUCCAGCUGGCAGAGGAGCCCACCAUGACUGAACCCCAAGUUAAUGGCAUAUGGGCGGCUCCAGCCCUGGUAAGCCGUGGCUUAUGGGUGGCUCUAGACCUGGUAGGUCCUGGCUUAUGGGUAACUCCAACCCUGGGUAGCAGCUUCAAGUGUGAGUGCCAGACUGGGAAGUUGGCCCCGCUGGGCAGGGCCGUAACAGUUGAGCUGUUCAUACCAUGGGUACAGCAAAGCGCUGGUCAGGUCUUGGUCAGGGCAGUAUAGGAAGAAUUGAAAAGACACCCCUUACUGCAUGAAGAGUGGGGUUGCUGGCUUUUCUCAAGAGUAGGCUUUUGCUAACAGCCAGAGGCAGGUCUUCUGGAAUCCUCGGAAGGCUCUACAGCCCUACUUCUGUCCUCCUGGCCCGUGCAUUCUCUUCCAACCCCACCUGGCUGCUGGUUUCUGACUGCUGUGACAGUGGGCCCUCCUCAUCCUGUGCCAUCGCUGCACUUUCAGAAGGAGGGGUGUGUGCUGCCUUGUCUUCUCUGUGGUGUCUUGGACACUGUAAGUUUAACAAGAAUCAAGCCUUUGUUUAUGCUAAGAGUGAUUGACCCACUACACCCGAGAGCACUCUCCUUGCUGGAAGACAUCAUCUCCUUGGCAUAACCAGCCCUCCUCUUGGUGGUGUGAGUCUGGGUGUGCUCCAGAGUGAAGGGAAAGAGUGAUCCCAUUGACAGAUACCUGGGGCCUUCCACCUGUGCUUCCCAGUGACUGCAACUGUGAUGAAAUUCUAUUGGGAACAGGAUUCUGGAGGAACUGGCAGGAAUCAACUGGCUGGAAAUAGCAGAAUGAAGCCUGGCUUCUGGAGAAAUUCAGCUUUACUCACAGGAAGGGAGGCAGCUUGAAACAGGGCAGGUGGGCCUAAGCCCUGUCUGAUCAUGUCUAUGGAGGCCCAUUUCCUCCCCAAGGGCUUGCCCCGUUCCGAGGGUCCUGUCUUCUUAGAAUAGGGCGGAGCAAAGCCUAGUCUUCCCUAGCAGGGUGCCUAUGUGGUGUUCCUGGACUCAGCUCUGGUUCAAGUGUGUGGCUAUGUUGGUGCCUGGGUAAUUUUCCAGGUCAGCCAGUGCCUAUCCCUGGGACAUUCAGCUGAGGCUAGCUAGACUCAGGUCACCUGUGGGUAGGAAGAAAACUUCCAGCAAGGGAGAGCUGGAGGCUGCAUGCAAAGUCUCUAAGUCUCUGAGACUGUACUGCAGGUGCCCUAGAGUGGGGUUGGGGCAGCUGUGUAGAUUGCACAUUCUCUAUGGACUGGGCUGGAGCUUGUGGUUGUUGGUAAGGACAUCUUCUAGCACCUUCUGCAGAGGAACUCUGACCUAUGCCCACCCUGCUUUGUUGCCUUUCUAAUGAUAUCAGCGUGGUAGGGCCAUUGUUUGCUGCCUUUCUGUCACCCCACUGUGGCUAGAAUCCAGAGCCUGGGCCAGACCUCAGCACUCCACUGCAGCCUUCAGAGUUGGACAGCAGGUAGCUUUGCCAUCCUCCAGUGGUCAUGUCUGGUUCCUGUGGCUUGGUAUUUUGGUGUGACAGUGUUGGGAGGUUGCUGGCUCCAGGAAAGGCUUUUGGUUUCUCCCAUGGCCCUGAAUUCCAUCAAAGAUUGUAUUUAUAAGAAAGAUUCAGGCUGUUGGGGGGCUCUGAGAAGGGGCAGAUUCAUCUGAGCCAGAACCUGGCUAGGGCAUGCAAGUACUCAUUCUCGGUGGCUCCUGCCUCCUGCCUGCCCCCAUGUUUUCCUAUCCUUGGGACAAAUGGCUUUUCCUCGCGGGUCUCUUCUGCACUAGGAAUUUCUCACCUUGUCUGUCUGUCUUAACCAGAUUUGAAGCAGUCAAUUCAGACAGGAGCACCCAGAGCAAGUGAGUACAUGGUGGCCCUGGCUCUGAGGGCUACAGUGCUGUCCCUGGCCUUCAAGGCCAUUUAGGAAGGUAGAGAACCUCUCCCACAGCCUGGGGUUCCUCAGAGUGGCUUCUGGGCCCCUAGAACUAGUGCCUCUCUGGGUGUCCAGAUUAGGGACAGAGGAGUGGUUCUCAAAGAUGCCCAUGUGACAGCCCCAGGUCCUGUGUGUGUGUGUCCUUUGCCACAGUCAAGGACCUUCACAAGGAGACUUAGGGUAGGUAGCCCUGAAAGAUUGAGAAAGGAUUCUAGACUGUGCCAAUGGGGUUAGUGCAGACACAUGGCCCAUCAGAAGUAGACAGAAAGAUGGCCAGGCUGGGAAAGGUAUGACAUGUACCCAGGACUGAGUCUCUGUUGCUGACUUGAAGAUGAAGACAUGAAACACAUUGGAGAGACUUAGGAGGACAGCACAGCUCCAGCCAGCAAAGAAGCCAGGAUAUCACACCCAUAACCACAAGGAGCUGAAAUUGGCCACAGCCUGAGUAGGCAUCAGGCAGACCAUCAGAGCCAUCAGGAGGAGGCCAGCCAGUGACCCCUGGGUCUGACCUAUAGGACUCUGAGCAGAGCCAGCCUGGUUCUGUAACACUGCAAUCACAUGUGAGUGUGUAAAACUGAGACCACAUGGGUGCAUGGGCAGAGCCACCCAAGGUGUGGUCAGAACGAGAGAAAGCAACCUUACGGGAUGACGUUGCCUUCUCUGGGCACAGAACUGUUCUGAAGUAGACCACACAGGAGCCUUGGCCGGGUCUCUUCUUCAGGGGCGACAUCUCCAUCAUCAGCAAUUCCAAACCCGCCUACUUCCUGUGAGGUCAGGAACCACACGUGCAGCCAUAAUGUUCCUUGGGGUUUGGUGAUAAACAACUUUCUUUAUACUUGUGAUAAAAAUGUAUUAUAUUGCCUUAUUUAUUUUUAAUCUUGUACAAUAUUCAUGUACAAAUGUUAGAGCCAUUUAGGUAGGAUUCUCUCCAAAUUAUUUAUUUUAAGAUGCUCUGUAAAUAGCGCACCAGUUACAGGUGCUUGUUCACUUGUACCAAAAAUGAGGAAAAGCCUGGUACCCACUUCAGCCCCUGCUUGUAAUGCUGUGGCCCUUGGGAAAUGACCCUGUUGUGUUCCCUUCCCAACCCUAGCAUGCCUCCCGUGCCUGACACUGUAGAAUAGAACACAGCCCCAGAAUGCUUCCAAAUGCUUCCAUGGGCUGUGCCAACCUGGGACAGUCCACUCCUUGGGUGUCUGUACCUACAGGUGUAUGUCUCCUCACAUGCAGCAAUCCAGUUGUUUCCCAGAUUCCAAAGCCACCAGGGCUUCCGGACCCCUUCUGUCAUAGAAGCAAUAACCAUAACCUAAUACUGUAGAGACAAGUCUGGCCCAAGCAGAUUGAUAUUUAAGAAACUACCAUGCAUUUGAGAUUGCUAUGACAUCCAGGCCUCCAUCCCUCCCAGAAGGCCUAUCUCUAGCUUCUUGGUUCCGAGAGCCAGGAUUGGUACACUCCUACCCCAGGACAGAGCUGAGAAGACUGAGCCAGCCACCAGUCCUGGGCCCCACUAUUGCUCACUAAGGAAUAAAGGUGAGGGUAGCCAUCUGGUCCUAUAUCUGUACCAAUCCUUGAAUCGUGAUGCUUCAUGUGACUGAGGGUAGUGAUGGUUUGUUUCAGUGUUGCAACAAGGCACUUGUGGCGUAUUUAAGGUGGCCCAUCCCAUCUUCAGCAGUGCCAUCCUGGUGGGAGAGAGAGAUCCCUGAGGGUAUAACAGGAAGGAGCUAGAAAUGGCUAACAGAGGAAUCAGGACGUGGGCUUGGCUGGCAGAUAUGAGUAGCUUUCACGUUGUAUUUACGUGUGAGCAGAAGGACUCUUGUACCACUGUCCUGACAGCAACCUGCAGACACUGUGCAAAUGACUUGCUUUAAUGGGCUGAGUAAGAGGGAAAACGUUUUGAUUGUGGAAUUGGGGAAGGUUUCUCUCCAUUCUCCCAGACACCACCGCCCUCAGCAAGGUAAGUUUGAGGACUCUCCAGGUCCCAGGAAUCUUAUUCACAGCCUGUACAGAACUUCAGUCAAUGGACAUUGGGGGUGGGGGAGAGUUGUUAUUGAGCAAGUGUGUACCCUUCAUAUAAUAAUGGCAGGGAAAGAGCAUUGCCACAUACACUGCGCACCCGCUAGCACCAUGCUGCAGAGGGGAUGCUCGUAUUUCACAUCCUUACAUGGCUCUACAUACAUAGCCACCAGAAACUGACUUGCUCGUGCUUUUUAAUGGCUUCAACUUUUAAACGGCGCGUUUUGGCUUGGUAAAAUUAAUAAAGAGCAAGUCUGGCAGCAUGGACAUUAUAUGGGCCCUUGAAGAUCUUGCUUCUUUGGCUGUGAUUGGCUUUGAAUGUUUCUAUAGCAGGCUUGAACCAAUAGCUCAUUUCCAUUUACAACUAAAGGCUUGGCAGUAGGUUGAUGGUUAAAAGUGUGUAUGCAUACACGCUUGCACAUGUGUGCAUGCACACGCACGCGCACACACACACACACACACACACACUUCCAUAGGGAAUAUUAUUAGAGUUGGUUUGUAUUCCUGGCUCCUUAGGUUGGGGCUUAGAGGAGCUGCUUAGGAUGCACUUUGAUUCAGGGAUCAGCUUGGAGAUGUCAUUGGACUCAGAGUUCAGAAGGCAAAACUGACGCUGCCCUCAGCUGGCCUGGGGAUGGGAAGCUAACCUUCUUAUCUCAGGCAGAAAGAGGCCUCAAUCCAGGAACUGAGGUGCCUAGAUAACUAUCUCACACAUAAAUCAUUCUGAGCUCUUUGACACCAGAGGAAAAACGUGUCAAUAUGUUCACAGCAGACACAAUGCAUGUGGCAGAAAUGGCGGCUCUUUGACCCUAAGCAACUCCUGGUGCCCAUAUGGUCACCCAGUGCCACAUGGACCAAGACCUGUGUGGAUCCAGAAGCACAGGCCUAGAGCCCAGGAGCCUUCCUAGGGGAAGGCAGAAGGUGUGUGGCCUGGCCAGAGGAUUCCCUCCUAAAGGGUAGGGUGGGCACAGUUCUGAAGGGCCUUUCUAGGAAGGCUCCUGCUGUUCACUGGUAGGAGAAUUCUGGAGAGUUGUCAUUUCACAUAGAGAGUUGGAUGACCUGGAGUGGCCUGGUCCUGCUGCUGGCUGCUGGUGGCUAUGUAAAACGUUCUUCCUGUCAGGAGGUUAUCUGUGAUGCUCUGUGGGCUGGAGGAAAGGAGGAUGUGUUAGGUUCUAGUGGCUGUUACACAGGGUCUGGUACACCUUGAGCACAACUUCACCCAGACACACUGAGUCAGGCAAGUCAGGUGUUGGCACCCUGGAGGGUCUGCCUCACCUCCAAGAAUUCAGCGGGCACUUUAGAAUGUAUGUGGGAUCCCUGGCCUUGCCCUGUGAGUUCAUUCCUUGUAAACAAAGGUCCAGUAAUAGGAGAUGAGAUCUGUCACUCUGUGGUCCAUUCCAUAAACACUUCAAAUCUAACUUCAAGUGCCACAUCCUGUCACUAAACAACUACCCAAUCAACAUGUCAUUAUAUAAUGACUAAGACAUUUAGAUUUUUAAGUUUUUUUUUUUUUUACUAUAUUAAUCUAUUCUGUUCCACACAUACCAGAUCUGUUCAGUGGCUUGAAAAAUCACAAUUAUUCCACUAGAGGCCAUACUUAAUUCAAUCAACAUGUGCUUGUGUGCGCGUGUGUAAACAUGUCUAAUACAACAUACAAUUAUUCUGCUUGGGAUUAAGAUUACUCACUGAGUGAAAAAAAUUAAAUUUGAAUAUAGUGAGCUGUCAUUUGGGACACUUACUAUCUCAUAAACUGAGGCACCGCCUGCCAUUUCCCCCCCAACUCCAGGGAGGGUGGGGGAGAUGGACACAUGUCCCUGAGCCACUAAACCUACUGCUAAGUCUCUUUUGCAAAAGGACCUGUAUAAUAGCAUUAUUCUGGUCCAGGGACAUCGAGAGAUGAUUGCUCCUGUUUCUUUUGUUUUGUUGGGUUGAAGGUUUGGGUGGAUGUUGAAUACUGUGCAGAGUAUGUGGCAACUCCACAUGCCUGGUGAGUAGAGCAUAACUCUUAGAGGGGAGCAAAAUGGCAUCAAUCUCAGGUACAUUAGUCCUUCCCUGCCCUCCAAGUUCGAGGAGCUGACGUGGAGGCCACACUUUCCACCUGGUGUGUCAGCUGUUGCCUACCUGGGUUAAACAGUGGGAAGAACGAGACUCAGGAGGCUAUCUUGGGUUGUGCUUCAAAAGUGGCUGGGGGAAAAAAAAGUCUUAAAAUUCAGAAAAUUGUCCACCAUCAUGCCACAUCCUCUGUCCUGACAAGUGUUGGUCAUUUAAAAUCCAAUGAACGUACUGAGUUUUCUUCAGCAUGUUGCUAGACCUGCUCAGUUCACACCCAGACAAGGGAGGUCAGUCAUUAUAGCCCCAUUUAGUAAACACCUUUGGGGGCCUUUGUUAUGGGGGUAAAUUGAUCAAACAUUCAUUACUAGUACUUCCGUUUAGUGUUGCAAUUCCUGGGCUCCUUUUGUGGGCUCCUUGUCCAUGACCAGUCUGUGGAGGAAGUGGUUUGCUCAUACUCAAUACACAUUGUCCUGAGAAUGCAAGGCAUAGAGAGAGAGGGGAGCCAGGCUUCAACUCUUCAUCUGAUCUGGCCAAGCUGCAUGUUUUCUGUUGCACUUAGGGUCUCUGCUAAGCUAAGUGAAAUCUGUAAGAACUGGGUUGCUAUUGAUGCUAUUGUCUACACAACAGUGCUUACCCAGUGUGGUGCAGGACACCUCACGGAGGCUGGCCCCUUGUGGGCAAGGCUUGCUUGAACCCCAUAUUGGGAGCAUGUAGCCAAGUGCUGUUUGGUUCUGCAAUUCUUGGCUUCUUGUUGCUAAAUUAGAGCCAUUUGCUUCCUUUCUAAUCUUUGCAUUCCUCCAAAGAUAGAGAUACCUGGCAAGAAAUUAGAACCCCUGGCUUCGGCUUUAUAGUGUCCUUGACAGUCUCAAACUUUUGGAAACACAAGCUGACAUUGUGUCUAGUGGCAUCUUCUUAAAUCAAUCUUUUCUGAAAGGCCUGAUAUCCAAUAGGGGCAGAGCUAUGGCACUCCUGUAGAGCCCAAACCACACUGCCCAGCCAGCCUGGCUCCAGCUACAGCUCUUACCUUCAGUGCUCUACAACCUUUCUAUCACAUGCUUCCGACAGGCAGAGGUGAGGGUGCCUUCCCAGGGAGACAAGGGGAGUUUAGAGAGAGUUCUCCAGGAGUGCAUAGAAAGCAAGGAAGGGACAAUGGUGCGUGGCAAGAAGUAUGGCCGCCUCUCCAUUACAGGAGCCCCACAUGCUUUGCAGACGUUGGUUCCUGCUGGUGCCCAGUAACACCCACUUCAUUGGUUUCCAAACAUUUCCAGCCACUUGCUGAGAGUUAGUAUUUCGGCGGAGACGCUAUCAGAGACUGACUCCAGAAAUCUCUUAGACUUCAUAAACUUGUAGGAUUGCCUGCAAGAACAUUUGCAGGCCACUAGAUCUGCCUGGGGGUGGUGCCCCCCUGCUCCAUGGCACUGCAUUGGGAAGUGGGCCUGACAGCAGCCAGAACUUGUUUCUCACCUCCCACCAGCAACCUCCACUCAGCCCCAGACCCCAGGCACAUGAAGCACAAGUCUCAGGGGACCGCUCCCAUGCUGUGGGGAGCCCAAGGAAGCCCCCAGCAUCUCUUGCAUACACCACUGGCAGUGUGGGCACAACUGGCCACCAGGAGCACACACGCCUGGGGGGGAGUGGCCUGCUCUGUUGCCUUCAUCCCUGUUAAAAUUGAGUAUAUGCAAGCCAUUUGCACUAUGGAAUUGCAUGCCAUGAAAUUCCUAACUGUGUGCACCUUAGUUUGAAUUUGACAUUAUGUAGCAUGCACAAAAGAAUGGAUGGGCUUGGGCUUGUCCCCAAGUCACCCCUACUGCUCAUUGGGAGCACAGCAUUGCCCUCAGCCAAUCCCAGGUUUUGUGGAGCCAGUGAGGCUCCUGCACUUAGCAUCCAGUGUCUCCCUUUCCCGCCAUGCUCCCCUUUCCCACCAUGCUCCCACUUAAGCUGUUUGCUCACCAAUUUGCACAAAUGGAAAUAUCAUUAUGAUCACGUCUUAGCAGUAAUUCCAUCUUGAUUUAAAGUAAGCCCAAAGCCCACUUCUGGAGUUCCUUACUAAAAAAAAAA